AUGGAGCCAACAACUUCGGGCGCCUCGGGAAGCGCCAGCGGCCCUCCUCCGGGAGCCUUCGCCGGGCCACCUGAUCCAAGUCUCAUCCCCUCCGUACCCACCGAUGCCGCGAACACGGCUGCCCACUCCUUCACAGCCGCCGCCGUCACCCUCAACAUCAUAUCUUUCAUCCUUUUCAGCGCCCGGUUGUGGACGAGAUCCUUCCCGGUCUUCCACAUGGGAUGGGAUGACUAUGUCAUCAGCGCCGCCUGGGUCCUCGUCCUGACCAACUCCAUCCUCCUCAUCCUCACCGUCCCCUACACCUUCGGCGGUGACCCCUCGACCUUUACCCUCGCCGAUGUGAUCUACUCCAACAAGCUUGCCGUGCUAUCCCAGCCCAUCUGGGCCUGGUCCAUGGCCGCCAUCAAGAUCUCCGUCGCCGGCAUGCUUCUCCGCCUCGAGCAGCGCAAGUCUGUCCGUCACUUCCUGUGGGUCAUGAUCGCCCUCCAGGUAAUUGUCAGCAUCUACGGCACCCUGGCCGCCGUCCUGCAGUGCAUUCCCCUCCACGCCGCGUGGGAUCUCCUCGGCCUUGUUGCCGACGCAAAGUGCUGGAGCAAGGGCGCCAUCCGCGUCAACUCGAUCUGCAUCGCCAGCUUCAACAUUGUCACCGACGUCAUCUUUGCCCUCAUGCCCGUGACCUUCCUCCGAAAGGUUCAGAUCCCCCUCCGGGAGCGUAUUGUUAUCGGUGUCCUCAUGGCUCUGGGUAUCUUCGCCUCUGCGGCGUCCAUCGUCAAGGCGACCAUGGCGGCCAACUUUGGUCUUACCGAAGACCCCAACUUGGAGGGUAUCCAGAUGGGUACGUGGUCAUUGGUGGAGGAACAGGUCGCCUUCAUCGCCGCUUGCAUUCCUUGCCUGCGCAAGCCUUUCCAGCAGGUGCUGCAGCACUUUGGAUUGGCGACUGCCAACGCGUCCACCAAGAAGACAGGCGCCACCGGGUACGGCCGGAUGAAUGGGACCAGCGGGGUUAGCAACGUCAAUGGCGCGAUCAGAAUGAAGAGCUUGAACAGCAGCCGGGCGCAGAGCGAGGAGGACAUUCUCGGGCCGAAUGGGCAGAACGGGGAGGCAGAAAUCUGGCGGACCACAGAGGUGCGUGUGGAUCUGGAAGGGGGCAACUCGGUAAGGGAAGAGACCAUAAGGGAAAAGAUCUGA